AUGAAUCACUCAUCGCGUAGAGCGCCUCGAAGUGAAGACCCCGAAGAGUCAGAGGGGCUUUUGCCAUCCACGGUUCCAAGCGGUGAAGCUCGCACCAAAUCCGCCACGUCUCUCCCACUGCUUUGCUCAUGCUUGAGUGGAUACCUGCGCAAUGAACAGGGCUCAUCUGAGCCAUCGUUUUUGGAAGAGAUCAAUCGCAGCACUCACCCCAACCAUACCAACGUUCCUGUCUUCGCAAGAAGUAACGGACCCAUCUGGCAGCAACCGCCAAGUCCAGAAGUUGACGCAGCAUGGCAUGCGCUAACCUCCGGUUAUCCAUUUUUGAUAACAGAGGACGACAUGCGCAUCCUUGGCAAAGAUCCAGACCGCUAUAUCAGUGUCCCCCAAAGCUUCGGCUACGGCGAAAAGAAGUUCAUCACCCGAUUCGCGCAUCCACAUAACAUUCACUGCCUCGAUCACAUCCGGAAGCGCCUUUACCGUGAUUAUUACGGAUACCCAAACGAUACAAUGGAUUGGAUCCAUACCGAGCACUGUCUCCACGCCUUGGUGGAUCAUUUGACGUGCUACGUCCAGUACGAUGUUCUCAACUACAUGUGGGUCGAAGGAGAGCCAGCGGCGGAACCUGAGCUCACCUACAAUCGUCAAUGUCAAGAUCUGGACGCGCUGCUACGCUGGAGCAAAGAUAACCGUGUCGACAAAGAUUUGCGAGUAUACUAUAUUCAGCCGGCUGCGGGUGAUAAGAUCUUUCCCGCAGACGCAGAGUUCCGCAAUAUCGAAAACGAGUACGACCAGAACAACCCCGACCGACCGUCAAUGGAGGAUCGACGGAAGACUUACCAGAAAGCAUACCAAGAUGCGAUAAGCUAUUGGAAAACAACAGGAGAAGUGCCGAUUGAGGAACGACCUUGGUAG